AAUUCUAUAGUAACAAGGUUAACUCCCUCACUCAGAUUAGAUAUCAAUCACGCUAUUCACUGCAGCAGAGUGCAUGCGUACAAUUGGCACCGCGUUCCAUGCGUUAGCGGAGAUACAUCAGCCCUACUAGUGGUAUAAAGGACUGAAGUAGACGUGUACAACUGACCUCAUCCCCGCUCUCUGAAGGAUCAUAGCACCACAAGUCGAUACCGGUCAUCCAGUCAUGUCUGUUGCUGAAAAAGAGAACCCAAGGGACAACUACUACGUCCAAACCGUCAACAUGGACGCCCCACCACCCCCUGCACCACAGAUGCAGCCAUUCCAGAGGACGUAUGGUAACCCUGCACCCUUGGGCAUGAUGGCCUACGGUACCGUCUUCCUGUGCUCUUCAAUAUUGACGCUCGCCUCCAAGAGCGUUGGUCAACCUAACUUGGUCUUGGUUUUCGCAACCUUCUACGGCGGCAUCUCACAAACGCUUGUGGGCAUGUGGGAGAUGUUCCUUGGUAACACGUUCAGUGCAACAGUCUUUACUACCUACGGAGGUUUCAAUUUAUCUUUUGGUGCUCUCUACCUGCCUCAAAUCGGCCUUGCGGCUGCAUACACCGUUGACGGGGUUGUUGGGCAGGAGUUCUACAACGCCAUCGGGAUCUACCUCGCCAUCUGGGACUUGAUUACGUUCCUCUUUUUCCUUGGUGCAAUCCGUACAACCGCCCCCAUCGUUGUAACGCUCGGAUUCACCAUUUGCGCGCUCACUUGUCUUUCCAUAAAUGCUUUCACCGGCAACCCACACUUUGCAACUGCAGGUGGUGCCCUUGGCAUCAUCGCUUCCUUCGGUGCAUACUACGGCGCCCUCUCGCUCUUCUGGACUCAACAAACAACGUUCUCGUUCAUUCGCCUCCCUCCCCUCAUUACAGCCCCUUCCAAUGUUUAAGGACUAUGCUAUUAGUCUUCAGCCGAUCGCUCUUUCUUUUCUUC